CGUUGUCGGAACAUGUGAUGUCACGAGCAGAUGUGAUUGAUGCGAUGUCACGCGAGUGCGACAUGGCGACCGCGGCUGGAGGGGGGAGGGGGCGACCUUCCACGAGCCCGUUCUCUACAAGUAUUCACCUUCCAACAACUCCAACCACCUUGCGCGAGUAGGUGGAAUGUGUAGAACACAAGUGAGUUGGUUGUAGCCCGCUCCCAUGUAUGUACAUGUCACACGGCCUCGUCUCCUUCGACUCGCGGCUGACGUGGAAGGUUCCUUGGCAAGACAACUUCGGUUCGAACGGAUGACAUUCGGCAGAAGCGGGAACAAAAAGCAGGAACAAAUGAUCGACAUUGGUUGGAAUGUUUGACCUCAACACAAACCUCAUCUCUAUUGAUCGUACACAACACACACAUACACACACACACGUCACGAGAUACAUCAUGCCGAUGACGCUUGAUUACACACUAACUCCGCCAAAGGGCGCGGUGACCAUGAAGCGCAAGCGCGUUCCUUCUUUGAGGGUCUCCCGAAAUGAACCUGAUGCGCUCCAGGCGUGGCGCGACAAGCCACUCUUCCCAUUUGUUCGAGUCGAGCACGACUCGGCCGGUGGGUUGGAGCCGGACGACGUGUUCCUGCUGUGGCAGCUGCGGGCCGAGGACGGUAGCGAGGUGCUUCGAUGUGCACGAUGCCAACCUGCGCCGGUCAACAUGCUCCAGUUCCGACAGCGCGGGGUGUUCAAGCGGAUCUACGAGCGUGGUUCACCGCAGGCGGGCUUCCUCGAUCCGAGCACCGACGUCGGCAUGCCGGUGGAAGCCGCGCUCGACGGCUCGCGUGGGACGGCCGGGCCCGAGGUCCACGGCGUGCUCGCGUACGGCAAGCUCGAGCCACCUUCGGGCAAGCGCGGUGGACGCCAGGUCUGGUCGUCGACGUUCAAGGUCUCGAUCCAGUGCAACUCGCACUUUCACGACAACCUGCGGUUCAGGCUCUACACCCAGGCCGUCGUCGUCCGCAAUGACGCGGCAGGCGAGCCGGUCAUUGUUGCGCUCGAGUCGGCGGCGACUGCGCCUAUCCAGGUUGUCUCCAAGUUUCUUGAUCCCGUCGAUCCCGAGCCCGACGACCCGGCCCAGUUUCCAGCCUCGACCGCCAACGCGGUCGGCCAGGGCAUGGUUCACUCGCUGGUCGACGCAGUUACUGCCACGCCCCGGCCGGGCCGUAAGCGACGCCGAUCGGCAGAGCCCGACUUGGCGCGGAACUGCUUGACCCACGAUCAUGGCGAGGCAGACUCGCAGCCGAACUCACCGCCAAAACGGGCCAAGGCGCUCGAUGGCAGCCGGCUCUGUACCCGAUGCGGCGGGCCUGCGAGCGCGUCUCUAGCGCCGCUGAUUCCGCCGUUUCUCCCUCCAAACUCGCCGUUCUCGGCUCUGCUCUUCUCGCCGUUCCCGCGACUCUCCGAGCCCGCAUUCUCGAGCGACGAGCUGCCCGUGACCGACGCCGACACGGACAUUGCCAGCUUUCUGGUCACGCCCACCGGCGAGGUUCCGAUGGAACUUGCCUUUCCCAGCCAGUCGGCCAAGUUGCCACCGACCGACGGGCCGGAGCUCUCGCGCGACGCAGCGGCAACGCUUGCCAUGUUUGAUGCGCUGCUGCCCGGUGAGCAGCGUCGGCUGCUCGGCGUGCUCAGCGUUGCGCCGCCGCCGCCAAUGUAGGCGCGUGCGCCUACCCGGCCGGCUCUUCGGCAAGCUUGAGGCGGGCGAGAGCAAUAUCUGCAGCGCGAUCCAGCCGCGCGGCGGCGGCGGCACUGGCACCGCCGUCGCCCAACCAGCACCGAAGGUAGUAGACCUUGCGCUCUGCGGCCUUGAGCACAGCUUUGGUGCCCUGUGCACGCUCGGCCUUGGCAGCUUUGCGGGCGCGUCGCCACCAGGUCUCCACUUGCGCCAGCAGCCGGUCUAACCUGGCGCGCAGUCUUCCUUCCACCUCAUCUCCUUGGUCUCUCCCGCGUGUGCCCGCGUCAAACAGUGCGGCGACGUCGCGGAGGACAAUGAACAUAUCAAACCCA